GACACAAGCAGGAGACACAGCCAGAGCCUCUCAGUGAAGGAACACACACUCAUCUUACUGAACUCUGUCACUUCAGAAGUCCAUCUGUUUUCAGUGCUUCAUUCAUUUCACUGCUGCUAUGUGGAAAGACUCCAGCAAUGAUGAUGCCAGGCCCGUGGCCCCCAGCGGCGGCUCCUCUCGCAGUGCCAGUCGCAGGAAGAGGACCAGCUUCUCCAAAGAACAUGUGGAGCUCCUGCGUGCCACCUUUGAGACUGACCCUUACCCGGGAAUCAGCCUCAGAGAGAGUCUGUCCCAGACCACAGGCCUGCCAGAGUCACGCAUCCAGGUGUGGUUUCAGAACAGAAGAGCUCGCACCCUGAAGUGCAAAGGAGCCAAGAAAGCGCUGUGGCAGUCUGACAGCCCAGUCCACGAUGCUCUACCUCCAUCUCAUGCUGUAGCCAGCUGGGGCCAACAGCUCGACUCAGUCCAUCUGCCGCCUCAGGGGCCUCCACCAGCCUACCCAACUCAGGUGAAGGAGGAGCUGGAGGAAGCCUGCUACUAUGGACAGAGACCUCCAGCUUACUCCACCAAUGACGAGCACAGACACCACGGCUCCAUAUAUGGGUUCCAGGGAAGACAGCUAGGAGGCAGCUCCAGUCCACCUUUGAGGGGCUUCUGGUCCCAACCAGGCAGGCAAACCUCCCCUGUCCCAUCUCUGUGGUGUCACUCUCCCCAGGAGAUGCAAAGCUACGGCUCCAACUCCAGCCAGGCCGCCUUCAUAUACCCAGGCUCAGCAGAACAGCAGAUGUACAUGCCAUGCUCCACGUCCCACUCAUCAACUCCAGACACCCCUGAUUCCGGAUACUGGGAUGCCAGUCUGGAGAGCAGCCCACCACUAGAGGGUCAGUACUCACAGCUGGAGGAUUCGUGGAGCGGGGCUGCUCUGGAAGGCUGCGGGGAGUCCAGACACACAGCGGCGGUCCAGCACGCCCCUCUGCCUGAGCUGUCCUUGCAGGAGAUUCUGGGAGAGCUGGAUGAAGACUGGCUGGGGGGAGAGGGACUGGACAGCCAAGUUACUGGGGACAAGAUGGCUUUCUGCUAAUGACUCUGUGAUAAGGAUUUGCUACGGACAAUUAGAAAUCACCAGUAUUAUUUUGAUUCCAGUCAUUUGUGUAAUGCCUCUGAAAUGUGUCCAGACAAAAAGACAAAGAACUUUUGGAAACGGGAUCCACAUUUUUUAAAAAUCCCACAAUUCUUCAUUUGUAUUUAUUCCACAAUAUCUUUGUGGAUGAUCUAUGUAUUCUCUAUUUAUAACAUGUAUUUAUGAUUUUCUGCACUUUUU